AUGCAGGAGGCCUGGACAGUUCGUAAGGCUCAGGAGAUCCAAGGGUACGCGAACUUCAACGAAUGGACGAACUUCUACGACGUGAGAAAAGCUGUCCAUGGUCCGCCAACUAAAGCAACUGCUCCUCCUCUCAGUGCCGACGGCAGCACCCUACUCAUUGAGAAGACACAAAUUAUACAGGAAUUGGCCGAGCACUUCAGAGGCGUCCUCAACCGUCCCUCCACAAUCUCCGACGCCGCCCCCGCCCGUAUGCCUCAAAUGGAGACCAACGCCGACCUCGACCUACCGCCCUCUCUCCACGAAACCAUCAGGGCCGUGCAGCAGCUGUCCAGUGGGAAAGCGUCCGGAUCGGACGCGAUCCCUGCUGAGAUCUAA